UGGUUUUCCCGCGGGGCGUUGCAUGCCUCGGCACUUUCCCAUCUGGGGUCUCCCCAAGCGAACCUCACUGUUGGCCGGCACCUAUAACAGCCUGCCUUGCAUUGAUGCAUCUCAACCUCACAUGAGCUUCAUAUGAGAGAGAGAUACGGAAUUCGCGUGUCGAUGGAAUCUUAUCUCAAUUGAAUCUCUCUUGUGAUUUUACGACUGCCAACCAGUACAUAAAACCACCCUCUCUCACUCGCGUAGACUGCCGUCCACCUUGACCAAGCCACAUAACCGAACUAAACUGAACGGGUAAACUGAUCCUUGACUUACAUAUGCAACCUCACAUCUCACAAACUCACCCUUCACUUCUUCACUUCCAACCCAGCCAACCGCCAAAAUGGCCUCUUCAUUCCUGAUCAAGAACCACACCAUCGAAUCCCAACACAUCCGCGAAUACCCCCACGCCACCGCCCACUCCCAAGAAGAACCCCUCCUCCUCGCCGUCAAACAAUACAUCCCCCUCAACAACCUCACCCCCUCCCCCGGCGACGUCUCCAUCAUCGCCGCCCACGCAAAUGGCUUCCCCAAAGAACUCUACGAGCCCCUCUGGGAAGACCUCCUAUCCCUCCUCAACAGCCGCGGCGUCCAAAUCCGCGGCAUCUGGAUAGCAGACGUAACCCACCAAGGCCAAUCCGGCAUCCUCAACGAAGCCAACCUAGGCAACGACCCCUCGUGGAUAGACCACACUCGCGACCUCCUCCACCUGACCAAUCACUUCCGCCACUCCCUCCCCCGCCCCCUCAUCGGUGUCGGGCACUCCUUCGGCGCAAACAUCAUAGUCAACCUCUCCCUCCUCCACCCCCGCCUCCUCUCCUCCCUCAUCCUUUUGGACCCGGUCCUCUCCAGGUUCCAAUCCAAAGGCCCCAAAUACGGCUUCGCCCCCAUGAAAGCCUCCGCCUUCCGCCGCGACAUCUGGCCCUCCCUCGCCGCCGCCAAAUCAGCCUUCCAAUCCAACCCCUUCUACCGCACUUGGGACCCCCGCGUGUUCAACUCCUGGCUCGAACACGGCCUCCGACCAACCCCCACAAGAAUCUACCCCGACGCCCCUGCUGGCUCAGUCACACUGUUGACAACCAAACACAUGGAGAGUUUCACCUACUACCGCCCCAUCCGUCAGAAGUUGAUGGGGGGGGGUAAACACGAACUUGACUGGGAUCUCAUCCCCGACGCAGACGAAGUCGUGCAUAAAAACCCCGACUUCCCCUUCUACCGCCCCGAAGGCGGCCCAGCAACGGCGAACAAGCUCCCCCACCUCCGGCCGGGCUGCAUCUGGAUUUUCGGCUCAGAGUCAAACGUCAACCCGCCCGACGUCCGGCAGGAGAAGCUCGACCUGACCGGAGUCGGUCCGGGCGGUUCUGGAGGCGCGAAGAACGGAAGGGUGAAAGCUGUCACCAUCGAAGGGUACGGCCACCUUGUCCCAAUGGAGAGGACGACCGAGGUCGCCACCUACGCCGCUGACUUCCUCGUCGAGGACCUUGAGCACUGGAGGAGGGAGCAGGAAGAGUUUGAGCGGUGGGCCAAGAAGAGAGACGAGGAAAAGUGGGUGAUUAGUGAGGAGUUUGAGGGGUGGAUGGGGGGACGGCCGGUGAGGAAGCCCAAGAAGGAAGGGGGAGACAAGUCAAAGUUGUAGUAGAUAUCAGAGGACAAAGAGGUUUAAUGUUCCCAUUUCCAUAGAACAACUCACAAUAGAUAUCAGGACAUUUCAAACAUACAACCGUUCCAUCCCA